UAGUCAGUCUGGUUUCGAGCGCGGUCGUGAGCGUAUCGAAGCACAGAGAACUUCAGAGAGAAGCAUUCGAAAUACGAAAGCUCAACACACAGCAAGAGAUUUUAUUUAAACCAUUUAAAUAUUAUCAAACUGAACUUAUGUUUCAGACAGUUGUUUAUAGUUUUUUUAAAUAGUUCUGAUUUUUACUGUGUACUGGAUCUGUGCUUUGUGGAAAUUUGUUUUGUAUUCGAGUGCAAUUUCGAGUGGUUACUUUGUGAUUAACUUUGUGAGGAUUACCAAUAUUACAAUUUUUUUGCAUUUUGAAAAUUGUCUUUGGAUUAUGAACGUUUGAAAGAAGUUGGGUCUGUGGUCUAUGGAUAGACCUGACGAAGACGACAUGGACAGCAUGUGGGGAAUGGACGCGGGAGCGGAUUGCGACUGUCCCGGACCGCCACCCCCGCAGUUCAUGUUGCCGCCUCCGCCACGUCCACCAAUUUUACAACCGGCCGAUCCGAUGUAUUGCACCGAAGACCCAUUGCCCAUAGAGACGUGCGAUGCAUUACCAAUGAUAGACGCCAGCUACAGGAGUAGCCCCACUUUCCAAACUUCAGCUGUGAUAGUCCUGUGUUCUGUUCUACUAGGUCUAGUCGUUUUUAUUGCCGUAAUUUUAGUCUGGAAGCAUAAGAGGAAAGUUCAGAACUUCCUGCCGUGCAAGAGCUCACCGCAAAACAACUGCGAAGGCGCCAGCGCUCCCGGCGUCAUUUACGAAGAUCUUCACGACGUUCACGUGAGGCAACCACAGCAUCAUCACGCAGUCGGCGGACACAUCGUUGCUCCAUCCAUCGAGAUGAUCGACGUUAAGAACAAUAUCCAUUACCCGAGCGGAUAUCCGAUUUCGACGCAUCCGCCUGUUUUCCUGUGCUCAUCUCCUGGUCCGGAUCCGUACUGCUCGCAGGACCUUUACAAUCCUGUUUACGAAGAGCUGAGCGAUGCCGAAAGCGAAAUGGCUCCUGCGCCGCACAGCGAAGAUGAAUUCGCAGAGGAUGAACUGAGUUUAGGAGGAGAAGCCGAAAGGCGAUUGGCACCCCACCAGUACCGACCGGACAAUCAGCAAUUGCAACAGCAGCAGCUGCAGAUGCAGCAACAUCAACAGCAGCGUGCCGUACCAAAAUUCCGAAGACCUCACGAACCGUUACCUCCAAUCCCCGGUGCGAGGAGGCAGCACAAGAGCUUGGAUAGGCGGCGUCAAGAGUUCCACGAAGGCAUGCUCCUCGACGCCCUACUGCAGCUGUACCCACGUGUUGGUAGUGUAGGCCCAUCUGGUCGAAGGCAAAUACCUAGCAUCACGCAAAGGUUGCAAUGCAUGUCACCCACACCUGGACCAUACGAAACCGUUCCAGUCAUAGGGCAUUUGGCCACGUUCAGGCCCAUACCAAAGCCUUAUUCGCAGGAUUCCGCCUUCGGCUCGGAUUCCGGAUACAGCAAUCACACAAGCGGAACGCGCAACUCGAGUCGCGGCCGACGAGAUCCAAGGAGGCUAUCUCAGCUCAGCGCAGAUCUAGCCCUCACAUAAAUCUGUACUUAAAUCACAAAUUUUGGUAACCGCCAAAAAAAAAUCAACAUUCCCAAAGGAAACCUUCUUUUCUACACUCUAAAAA